AUGCCAGUUGUGAUUUUCUGCCAGGGAUUACAGUAUCCACCAUUUCAGUUCUCAGCCACUAAUGAAACCUUACGUAACGUAAGGAUUAUAUCUUUAGAAUUUCGGCUUGAUGCAUCACCACAAGAAUUAAAUCCACUUUCUCAUAUAUUUACUGAAUAUGUGCUUUUUGUCCCCGAUUCCGCUCGGGUAUCGCGUCGUGUAUUGCAACAAGUGGCUGUUGCUGCCAUGGCUUUUCCUAAUCAGGCAAUAGCCAUUGGGAUUGCCAACUCUCGUCUUGUAUGUCAGAAGAUAAAGUGGAAUUAUGUUGAUUGGACAUUACAGUACAGUAAAAAUCCUUCACCUGCACUUUGUGAUGCUGUUCAAGGCCAGCAUGCAAUUUUCAUCAGGACAUCUCUACUGCAUACAUUUCCUCAGCCAGUUACUUUUCCCUUUCCAGAGUCAUUAUACCUACAAGCUACAGUAAGAAAUAUAAAGAUUCAAAUUGCAGAUGGUACAUUUGGAGCAGGUAGAAGUUUGUUAAAAUCACCUGCAGCAAAACAAAAAGCAUCACGGCACUUAAGAGAUUAUAGAAUAGGACUUUAUAGACAACUUGGGAUUAAAACUGUAAUAAGAGAAGACAGUAGGGUGCAGUGGUUUGGCUGCAAGAGAGAAACACAGCGCUGUUUCUCAUCAGUGCAAGGAACUCCAUCUUAUGUUCUUGCGGGACGAAAUACACCGCCUUGCUGUCGAAGGAACAUUCGUCACACUGCUGCUCAUGUUUUACAAAUGUUGCUCCAAGCAGGCGCCAGAUGUUGGCUGGAAACAACUUCCCUGUUGGGUGCUGUUGUUCGAGGGGAUCUUCUGCCGUGGGCGGAAUAUGCUGAAAUAGGCAUCCAUGCUUCUGAUGUAGCGCGGGUUACAUGGUUACAAAGAGGUGGGGCUGAUGCAGAUGGAUUCAUUUGGGAGCGAGCCACCAAAGGUCACUACUAUAGCGUAGCUUAUUCGGCUUCCAAUAGAAUCUAUGUCCUGAUAUUACCUUUUACAGCAAGAAAUGGAACUAUGUGGCCUGCCGAUUGGGUUAUGGCUCAUCAGAAGGAAUUUCCUGAAAGACAUUUGCAUCCAUUAGCACAGAUUCAGUUUGCAGGUCGUCAGGCUCCUGCACCAAAUGAUGCUCGCGCAUUUUUAGAUUUGAAGCUAGGCAAUUCUGCUGUUGAGAGAUGCAAUAAACUUGGACCGAAAUUGCUCUAUCCAUAA